GCGGGCGGCUUUCUCCGAGAGUCCCCAGCGGCCGCCGCGGUCGGAGCAGCGGCAGCGGGCGCGGCGCCCUGGGUCUGCGGGCCGAGCGCGCGGGCCGGGGUCGAGCGCGCGUCCCCUCCCCGCCCCCACCGCGCGUUGUGGCGCAGCAGGAAUUUGGCGGGGACCCGGGCGCUAUUUGCGGCUCUUGACGCGCCGGCGGCCGGUGGCCCUUCGGUCAUUUCUAUUCUAGGGGCACUGGGUCAUCGCGCCUGGCCUGCCCCCUCCGCCGGGCCCGGAGGGUGUGUCCCCCUCACCCGGGCUCGCCGCGCCUAUAAGGGGCCGGAGCGGCGGGCAGGGACAUGCAGCUCUACAGCAGCGUCUGCACCCACUACCCAGCCGGGGGACCGGGUCCCACGGCCGCAGCCUCCGCUCCCCCAGCCGCCGCCGCCGCCGCCGCCCCCUUCAAGGUCUCUCUGCAGCCCCCGGGACCCACCAGCGGCGAGCCAGAGCCCGAGACCGGUGAGUCCCAGCCUGCCGCGGCCGCCGAGCCCCGAGAAGCCGCCGCCGCCCCCGCCGCCAAGAUGCCCGCCUUCUCCUCCUGCUUCGAGAUGGUGUCCGGGGCCGCCGCCCCCGCCUCGGCCGCUGCCGGCCCUCCCGGCGGGUCCUGCAAGCCGCCGCUGCCGCCGCACUACACGUCCACGGCGCAGAUCACCGUGCGGGCCCUGGGCGCCGACCGGCUCCUGCUGCACGGGCCCGAGCCCGUCGCCGCGGCCCCCGCAGCUCAGCGCGGCCGCUGCCUCCUGCUGGCCCCGGCUCCCGGCGCACCGGUCCCGCCGCGCCGGGGCUCCUCCGCCUGGCUCCUGGAGGAGCUGCUGAGGCCCGACUGCCCCGAGCCGGCGGGUCUGGACGCGGCCCGGGAGGGUCCCGACAGAAACUUCCGACUGAGCGAGCACCGUCAGGCCCUGGCCGCCGCCAAGCACCGAGGCCCCGCGCCGCCCCCGGGGAGCCCGGAGCCCAGCCUCGGGCCGUGGGGCGAGGAGCACCCGGCGGAGAGGAGCCUCCGGGCCUGGGAGAAGGUGGGCGACCGCAGCGACCCUCCCGGCGCGGACGAAGCACGGCGGCCGGACCCGGAGGCGGAGGCGCCCCCGGCGCGGAGCGGCGAGGCGGUCCCGAGCGCCUCGGCCGAGGCAGUGAUCGUCUCCAGGUCGGAUCCCAGAGACGAGAAACUGGCCCUGUACCUGGCGGAGGUUGAGAGGCAGGACAAGUACCUGCGACAGAGGAAUAAGUACCGAUUUCACAUCAUUCCCGACGGCAACUGCCUCUACCGCGCGGUCAGCAAGACGGUGUACGGAGACCAGAGCCUUCACCGGGAGCUGAGGGAGCAGACGGUGCAUUACAUUGCCGAUCAUCUCGACCACUUUAGCCCCCUGAUUGAGGGCGACGUGGGGGAGUUCAUCAUCAAUGCUGCUCAAGACGGGGCGUGGGCCGGGUACCCGGAAUUGCUGGCCAUGGGGCAGAUGCUGAAUGUGAAUAUACAUUUAACUACUGGAGGGAGGUUGGAGAGCCCUACGGUGUCUACCAUGAUUCACUAUUUGGGCCCAGAGGAUUCCCUAAGGCCUAGUAUUUGGCUCAGUUGGCUCAGUAAUGGACAUUAUGAUGCGGUGUUUGAUCACUCCUACCCCAACCCAGAGUAUGACAAUUGGUGCAAACAGAGUCAGGUGCAAAGAAAACGCGAUGAAGAACUUGCCAAAUCCAUGGCCAUAUCCCUGUCCAAAAUGUAUAUUGAACAAAAUGCAUGCUCUUGAAGUGUCUGAAAACGUACACCCUGGGAGAACUGCAUACAUAAUGUGUUGGGAGAAUUACGAACUCUAAUCAGGGUAAUAGCACUUUCAGACUUCUAGUAGAUUUACCGUAGGUGUAAUGCCUUAAUCAUUUUUUGAAUGUUUUCUCCUCAGAGCUGAAGGUUGCUGGGCACCUAAAUGAUGUUUCAUGAUGGCUUUGGGUGAUCCUACUGCUAUUUAUAAUUUGCUGUAUAAAGUUGGCACUACUUAAUUUGCAAGCUCGUUUCUCACGGUGUAAAUUUGGUCAUUCCUGGUAAUCUGUUUUCUAUAAAAAUGUAUUUUUGCACAACAUUUUUAAGAAUUGGUGUAACUUCAUCUAUGACGUGUUCCAUGUUGACAAACAGCUUUCCAGCAUAAAUCCAGAGAAGUGCUUUAUAUGAAGUUUAUUCCUUUGGACAGACUUUGUGAUUUAAUAGUUAUUUUAUGUUAGAUUUGGAUUUUAUGAUCCUUAGAUAAUUAUUUCAAAUGGAUAUUGAUGCAUUUGUGUUACCAGAUGAUUGGCCCAUUCCAUUUUAAUGAAAAACAGAUUUGUUUUGGAAAUCAUUAUUUUUCUAGAAAUGGUCAACCUUUUAAAGAGAAGUAUUUAAGGGAAGGUUGUGGGAAGAAUAUUCUUUAAGGGAUAGUACCAGGUCUUACUUGAAUGAGUCUGAUAUUUGCAGAUGGCAGUGUGAUGACUAUUCUGUACUUUGGUUGGCUUUUAGAGUAGAUUGUCUGGUGCUCUGAAUUGUUUUUAUUUAUAUUUGUCAUUUUGUUAUAAAAGCAUUUUAACUUUGUGACAAGAUAAGCCUCCUGCUUCUUGGAUUCAACUAAGAUUUUAAAAAACUACUAGCAUAAAUGCCUCAAAUCAACCUUGGCAGUUGUUCUAUAGCAGGAGAAUACUGUCUUAAUAUUUUAUUCCUUUUAAAUUCUUUCAAAAGGCAAAAUAGGAUUGCCCUGUAUUAUGUACAAAUAAAAAUGUCUGUAAACAAAUCUUGUAUGGUUUGCUGGGUCAAACAAUGUUCUCAACCUAAAAUCUAUCUCAUUUUCACUUUAACUACUAGUCAUAUUUAUUAAGUACUGCAGUUUGUACUUUUUUAUUUUGUAACAUUUUGUGAUUUUUUUGUACAAUACUGUAUUUGUACAAUAGAGCGAUUCUCAGCUGAUGGAAUGAAUGAAUAAAAUGCAUAAUUUUACUUUUACAAUGUC